AUGUCGUCCGGACCCCAGGCCUUCUCCAAUGCCCACAGGCUCUACGUCAAGUCGCUGUACCGGCGCUACCUGAACAACGCGCUCAACUGGUACAUCCGGCGAGACCUCUGGCGCCAGAAGGCUAUCGAGAUCCGCGCCGAGUUUGAGCGUAACCGCAACAUCUCGGACCCCCGUGCCCUCGCCAUUGUCCUCGAGCAGGCCGAGGCCCGCCUUGCCAAGGACGCCCACCCCGACCCCUACCGGCCACCCCUCUUCCCCGGCGGCACCAAGUGGGAGCGCAACAUCCCCCCCAAGAUGUUUGGCGGCGAAGCGCACCACCACUAG